AUGAAGGAGCAUCCAAUUCUUGAAUUUCCUUCCAAAUUGUUUUUCUUCUGUGAAGUGGAACCUGGGAGUGGGGGUGAAACCCUAAUUGUUCUUAGCCAUGUUGUGUAUAACAGGAUGAAGGACAAGUACCCUGAUUUUGUGGACAGAUUAGAGGAACAUGGUUUGUUGUACAUUAGGGUUUUAGGGAAAGACGACAAUCCUUCAUCCCCAAUUGGCCGUGGCUGGAAAUCAAACUUCUUGACCAGCGAUAAGGCCAUCGCCGAGCAAAGGGCUGCUAAACUGGGUAUGAAGCUGGAAUGGUUGAAAGAUGGAGGAGUGAAAACAAUUAUGGGUCCAAUCCCGGGUGUAAAGUAUGAUGAGAAAAGACAACGCAAGAUAUGGUUUAAUAGCAUGGUGGCUGCUUACAUUGGGUGGGAAGAUGAACGAAAUGAUCUGUGUACAACCCGCGAGCCAACCCACGAGCCAAUAUUUCGAGCUAACCAACCCGCGAGCCAACCCACUGGCAUCAUUUCUAGUUAA